UUCUACCCACGUAUUGAAGCCCUUAAGGGCAGGACAGAAGGAACUAACUGGGCUGUCCAAAUAUUACAUGAAGUUGUGAGCGUGAUUAAAAAUCAAGAAGUAGCCCUAGACCAACCAAUGAUUGAAUUUGGAAAUCCACAGACGAUAGAGAGACUUAAAGAACAAUCUUCACCAAGGAUCAUGACGUCACAUUUGGGGUUUCAUGUGAUACCGAAGUCUUUCAUUGAAAAGAAAACUAAAAUAUUGAUGAUUAUUCGCAACCCAAAAGAUACAGCCAUCUCCUUUUUCAACUUUUAUAAAAGCAUGCCUGUACUUCCCACUUAUGAAUCUUGGAACUUAUUUUUUAAGGAUUUCAUCCAUGGGAAUGUGUGUUUUGGAUCAUAUUUUGAUUAUAUAGUUGAAUGGAACAAACACGUUGAUGACAAAAAAAUGAUGGCAGUUACAUUUGAAGAUAUGAAAAUUGAUUUUCCAACACAACUGAAAAAAAUAUCAGAAUUUUUUGAACUUCCUUUGACAGAGGAGCAAAUUUGCACAGUACAAAGUCGAACUUCUUUUAAGUCUAUGAAAGAGAAAUCUGAAGACACACAUGGGAAGCUUGGUGAUGCUUUCUUCAGAAAAGGACAAAUUGGAGACUGGAAGAACCUCUUCACUGAAGAACAGAGUAAAGAAGUGGAUACAAAAUUCCAACAAUAUCUUGCAGGGACAAAGUUGGGAGAAUUGCUGAACUAUGCAAAAUACUGCAAAAUGUAGAUAUUCCAGAAAAUUAAUAAAGUGUAAAGCUGAACUAUGGAAAUUAAUAAUAAUAAUAAUAAAAAAAAAACACCAAUUAAUGUAGUUCUACUUGCUAUCAGUCUCUUUUAACCACCUGAACAGCACCACUAAGAUUGAAAGGGGGUGGUUGGGACUAGGAGCCAAUCAAGCCAUUUGAGCUGGCAUCCUUACAUAUUUUUAAUCUUGAUUGGUCACGUGAGGGGGAGAGAGAACGUUUUUAAGAAUAAUUAGAGUUAGCCUUAUCUUCCACUUCCUCUCCAGUAGAGAAAAUCUAGUCCCAAACCUGGCUGUGCUGUCUGGUAGCACUCUCUAUAUCUUAGGACUAGCUGGGCAAAUAUACAAAUCCUUAUGCAGGUAAAAAAUAUUCAUAACACUAUUUAAUUGUGUAUUUAUCAUUUUGCCUGGAGUUCAAUGUGUAACUACAAUGAUACUUGAUUUAGCAGGUUGCAUAUCUAAUUUGAAGUACCGGUAUUCAUUGAUGAGCUAUAGUAAAUGUAUUUUACCAUAUCUGGAUUGUGAACUAAAAUAAAACAAAUUAGAGCUGUAAA